CGAACCGCUGAAAGAAAGCGACCACAAUAACGGGACCGGUGUUCAGUCUACGUAGCAGCAAAAGCAGCACCAGUAUGAUCCUCGUGUCCACGCCUGCCUCGAGCAACACGAGACACUAGAAUAUAAGGUGGCAGAUUCCUCUCCUUUUUGCAUCUCCUCCUUUUCUUUCAUCUCCUCUGUCACAUCCUACUGCUCCCAGAGGAGAAGGGCCAUGGCACUCUCUGCUUCUGUUCGCUGUGCUGUCUCCCUCCUCUCCCUCUUCCUUCUUCUCUCCAUCCCUCUAUCUUGCACUUCGGAAUCCCAGCAUGAGGAAGAGCCCAUGUCUCCCUCCAUGGUGCCGGAACCAUACACCAACACCUCUGCGACUGAUGCCAAUUUGACAAAGCGCUGUAGCGAUGUGGUGGAGUGUAAGCCUGGCAUCAUUCUGCCAGUCUGGAAGCCUCAAAACCCGGGGCUCGGAGACAAGGUCGCCCGCACUGCCGUCUACUUCGUCUCUCUUAUGUACCUGUUCCUGGGUGUAUCCAUCAUUGCGGAUCGCUUUAUGGCAUCCAUAGAGGUUAUCACAUCACAGGAGAAAGAGGUAACCAUCACUCUGCCGAAUGGAGAGACAUCAGUGGCUACUGUACGCAUCUGGAACGAGACUGUGUCCAACCUGACACUGAUGGCUCUAGGCUCAUCUGCUCCUGAGAUCCUGCUGUCUGUCAUAGAGGUGUGUGGGCAUGGUUUUGAAUCAGGGGAACUCGGUCCUGGCACGAUUGUGGGCAGUGCAGCCUUCAACAUGUUUGUGAUCAUUGGCAUCUGCGUGUGGGUAAUCCCUGAUGGGGAGGUGAGGAAAAUUAAACACCUGAGGGUCUUCUUCAUAACCGCCUUCUGGAGCAUCUUUGCAUAUAUUUGGCUGUACCUCAUCCUCUCCAUCAUCUCACCAGGAGUCGUUGAGGUGUGGGAGGCCCUGGUCACUCUCUGCUACUUCCCAGUUUGUGUGAUUCUGGCUUGGAUCGCCGAUCGUAGGCUACUCUUUUACAAGUAUAUGUCCAAGCGUUACCGUGCUGACAAGAGGACGGGGGUUGUCGUGGAGACAGAGGGGGAGAUGACCCCCAAAGGAACGGAUAUGAUCAUGGAUGGGAAGUUUCCUUCAAGGGGUUCAGUGAGGGCCAUGAGUGCAGAACAAUGCAAGGAUGGGGCCAAUAACAGUGCAGGUGCCAUGGCAAUGCUGCUGAACUCCAACAAUGCCACCAUUAAUAUGGAAAGUGCAAAAGAGCUAGACGAGAGCCGCAAAGAGGUAAUCCGUAUCCUAAAAGACUUAAAGCAGAAGUAUCCAGAUAAGGAGCUGGAGCAGCUGGUAGAGCUUGCCAACUACUAUGCCCUGCUGCACCAGCAGAAGAGCCGGGCCUUCUACCGAGUCCAGGCUACGCGCAUGAUGAUCGGAGCAGGUAACGUGCUAAAGAAGCAUGCAGCAGAUCAUGCGAAGAGAGCAGCCGCUGCCGGUGAGGAUGACGCAUCUGAACGCGAUGACUAUGCUUCCUGCAGCCGAAUCAGCUUUGAGAGUGCGCAUAGCCAGUGCAUGGAGAACUGUGGAACGCUGUCCUUAGCUGUGGUGUGCCAGGGUGGCGCCGGCGAAAGCACCUUCUAUGUGGACUACCGCACAGAGGAUGGCACAGCCAAUGCCGGCUCAGACUACGAGUACAGUGAGGGCACGCUGGUGUUCAAGCCAGGAGAGACCAGAAAAGAGAUAAAGGUAGGGAUAAUAGAUGAUGAUAUUUUUGAGGAGGACGAGCAUUUCUUUGUGCAUCUGCUCAAUCUACGGAUUGGCGAUGCUGAAGGCAUGUUUGAGAGUGAUGAGGUUGGCCAAGCUCCCAAGGGCCGGCUGGUGGAGCCACUGGUCGCCACUGUGACCAUCCUGGAUGAUGACCAUGCAGGAAUCUUCACAUUUAGUGAUCGUGUUAUGCGUGUGAGUGAGAGUGUCGGGACCAUGGAGGUGACGGUGGUGAGGAACUCAGGGGCCCGAGGCACUGUCAUACUUCCCUACCAUACAGAGCCAGGAUCAGCCCGGGGAGGGGGUAUCGACUAUGAAGAUACACAUGGAGAGCUGGAGUUCACGAACGACCAGACUAUUCAAACCCUUCAAGUUAGGAUCAUCGACGAUGAAGAGUAUGAGAAGCAUGAGAAUUUCUUCAUUGUCCUUGAGGAACCUCGCUGGCUGAAGAGAGGAAUCUCUGCUCUACUGCUGAACCAAGAGGAUCCAGAGGGGCAGCUGAGUGCUGAGGAAGAGGAGGCGAGGAGGAUCGCUGAGAUGGGGAAGCCUAUUCUGGGAGAGCACAGCAGACUGGAGGUCGUCAUCGAGGAGUCAUAUGAGUUUAAGAGCACAGUGGAUAAGCUGAUAAAGAAGACUAACCUGGCCCUGGUGAUCGGCACACACUCCUGGAGAGAGCAGUUUGUGGAAGCAGUGACAGUCAGUGCAGGUGAUGGAGAUGAAGAUGAAGAGGAGGGGCGAGAGGAGCGUCUACCGUCCUGCUAUGACUAUGUCAUGCACUUCCUGACGGUGUUCUGGAAGGUUCUGUUUGCAUGUGUGCCACCCACUGAGUACUGGAAUGGCUGGGCCUGCUUCAUGGUGUCUAUCUCCGUCAUUGGGAUCCUGACAGCCAUCAUCGGAGAUCUGGCUUCUCAUUUUGGCUGCACUAUUGGGCUCAAGGACACUGUCACAGCUGUAGUGUUCGUAGCUCUGGGCACUUCAAUACCAGACACGUUUGCUAGUAAAGUGGCUGCCACACAGGACCAAUAUGCUGAUGCAUCUGUUGGCAACGUCACCGGCAGCAAUGCAGUCAAUGUGUUCCUGGGCAUCGGGGUGGCAUGGUCAGUCGCAGCCAUCUACUGGGCCAUAAAGGGACAGCGCUUUAGGGUGGACCCUGGCUCGCUGGCCUUCUCCGUCACCCUCUUCACCAUCUUCGCCUUCAUUUGCAUGGCAGUCCUGCUCUACCGUAGGCAGCCAUCCAUUGGAGGCGAGCUUGGAGGUCCGCGAGUGCCACGCCUCCUCACCACACUGCUAUUCCUGGGCCUGUGGCUUCUCUACAUUCUUUUUUCCAGCCUGGAGGCCUACUGCCACAUUGAGGGCUUUUAAAUGCUCCAUGGGGAAAGACACGCAGAACAAACCUGGAUACAGCAAACACAUGCUGCAGAUAUUUGCUAAACACUUUAGAUACUUUAGGAAAAAAACAUACAAUAUUAGAAAAAAAAAGUUCUUUGAGGUAGCGAAACACCUCAAACUGAACAGAAAAAAUCAAAAGAAAAGUACACACAAAAUACUUUCAGCCUUAGAGAACAACCUUAAAAUACACACACACACACACACACACGAGAUGCACACAUCUAAAUGCACAGACAAGACUAUGUACACUUAAAUUCAUAGAGCAUACUGUGAACUUGACAAGACAAGCUCAGUGCCCCCAUGGAAGUGAACAUUGAGGAGGAGGUUUAGAGGGAGGUCCUGUGGAAGGAGAGAGGAGAAAGAGAGAGAUAGUGAAAAGAGAAGAAAAAAUAUAUAUGAGAGAGACAAAAGGAGAUGACAGAGGGACUUUAGCAGGAUAAGAUACUAUAGAAGGAAACAAAGCAUGUAAGAAAAGGAUGGAAUGAGCAGAAAAUGAGAAAAGCUAGAUACUGUAUGUUGUUUAUGAUGGCGAUUUUGCUCCUUUUUUUCUUUUU